AAAUGAUGAAACAAUCCUUCGUGCUGCUUUUUGGUUCGGUCAACGCCUUCUGGUGCGCACCGAAUGGCGCGCAUGGCUUCAAUUUCUUCAAACCAAGCUCUACACAGGUCAAGCAUGCACAGCAACGGAGCCGCGAGCGAAAACCGCAGCCCGUCGCUCCUCCUCCACCACCUGUUUUGGAAGACGAAUCCAACAACCUUUCCAUGCCGGAAAUUCCUGCACUCCCCCAAGAUUUCAAUCCCAUCAGCCCCGGAGCCUGGAAUUCAAUUACAUCCGCCGCUCUCAGAUUCGCAACAAAGUUUGCUCCGAAAGCGAUUCAAGAAAAGUCGGACAGGGCAGCCCGAGUCCAAAUCAACCGGCUCCCUCCAAACUCAAUUGAAGUUGACUUGAACGAUGUUCCCAUCGUCGGACCGGCCGUUUCUGGCACUUACGCCAAAAUAAAGAAGGAUCGUGUUCCUAAUCCGUCUGUUGUCAUUGCAUCUCCCAAAGACAAAUUGGGGGCUGUGCAAGGAGCAUCAGCCGAUGGAAAAUUCGAAUUCAAUCUCAACGGGCUGUUGCAAACAUUUCUCGACAUCCAGCUGGAACCUAACAAACCGGGGGUUGCUCCGGUGAAACUGCAAUCCCCGUUGAUCCCAAAAUGGCCCUUCGGCAAACGUAAAUCGGACUGGUACAAGGUCUCCAACUGUGGCAACGGCGAAAGCUACUACUUUAACGAAAAGACAGGCGAAACCUCUUUCGACGAACCUAAGGACAGUUACAAGGAUUAA